AUGUGGGUGUCUAUACCGGUUCUGGAUCUCACCGCAUACAACUCCAGCAUCUUCCCAGCUCCUGAAUCUAACCCAGAUUUUCUUCUUUCACAGUGUGGUUAUGCAGGGUCAUUAAAUAAGAAUAAACAAUGUGACGCGCGUCUGAGUGAGAGAGACCUGUACUGUGAAGUGGUAAGUGAAUACUCCACUAAAAAUUAUGAGAACAGCUUCAGAAUUUAAUACUCAUUUCAUUUAUUCAUCUUAGGACUGGUACGCAACUUUUCAUUUUUUUAAAAAUGAAGACUGAAAAUAUACUUUAAAUUCUCAGUUAUGGUUUUACUUCAUAGCAAUCACCCCCCUAUGAGAUAGGUCACUGAUAUUCCCAUUUCACAGAUACGCGAGGUUGAGAACCAAUUGUGGUGUAGAGGUUAAGUGUGUUGGACUAGGACGACCAGGAUUCAAAUCCCUGCCCAGCCGUGGAACUCACUGGGUGUUCUUAGGGACAGUGGCAGUCUCUCUGCCUAGCCCACCUCACAGGGUUGUUGAGCGGAUUAAAACGGGAAGACAGCCAUGUCACACACCACCUUGAGCCUGGAGGAAAGGUGGGCUAGGAAUGCAAUAAAGAAACAAACAAACAAAAGAUGACCUAACCUAACCUGGGGAGAAAACAGCAAAGACCUGAUGAAGAGAGCACAGCAGAGGUUAUAUUUUCUGAGAAUCCUCCGGAAAAACAAUCUCUCAAAGGACCUGUUGAUGGCAUUUUACCAUGGCACUGUGGAGAGUGUAUUAACUUAUGGUGUGUGUGUGUUUUGGGAGCUGCACGGCCAGCAAAAAAACAAUGCUGUCCAGGGUUGUAAAGACUGCAGAGAGAAUAAUUGGGUGCACUCUUCCCAGCUUAGAUCAAAUCUAUGCUGCCAGGUGCCAUAAAAAAGCGGCAGAGAUAGCGCGGGAUAGUACGCACCCCGGAAAUGAUCUCUUUCAGCUUCAGCCUUCUGGAAGAAGGUAUAGGGUUAUAAAGGCCAGGCCUAGCCACCUGAGAAACAGUUUCUAGGCAAAUGCAAUUCUGGUUCUAAACGCAGCAUAAGGGGUCUCUAUAGUACAGUGGUGCCUCGCAAGACGAAAUUAAUCCGUUCUGCGAGUGUCUUCGUCUAGCGGUUUUUUCGUCUUGCGAAGCAACGCUAUUAGCGGCUUAAUGGAUUAGCGCUAUUAGCGGUUUAGCGGCUAUUAAAGGCUUAUCGGCUUAGCGGAUUAGCUGCUAAAAGGCUAUUAAAGGCUUAGCGGCUUAGAUAAAGGGGGGGAAGUGAAAAAAAAAUCUCAAGACUCGCAAGACAUUUUCGUCUUGCGAAGCAAGUCCAUAGGGAAAUUCGUCCUGCGAAGCAACUCAAAAACGGAAAACCCUUUCAUCUAGCGGGUUUUCCGUCUUGCGAGGCAUUCGUCUUGCGGGGCACCACUGUAUAGUGUAUUUUAAAAUGGGGUUUCAGAGUUUUUAGGGGGUUUUGAAUGUUUUAUGUAGUUUUUCAAUUUCAUUGUUCUGCAUGGCAAUAAAGAUAUCGUAUAUCGUUUAUGAGUAUGCCCAUUGAAUACCAAAGACAGAAUCCAGAAGCGUAGCGUGAGGAUCUUUAUCAGAAAAAUGUCACCUGGGCAGGUUGGGGGUGGGUGAGGGAGUAAUGUUGCACUCAAGCCCCUCUGCCUAUGGUGUUCCCCGCCUUAACUAUUAGCAGCAGUGAUGUGGGAUGAAUCACUUUUUUUCAGCCGGAACGCAAACUCCUUUCCAGUACCUCUUAGGUGGGUGCCAUUGCCAUUAUAGGAGAGCAAGGAAGGCGUUCAUGGUGAGUUCCGUCACCUCUUGUUCUAGAAAAAUAGCACUGGAUCAAUCAAUGGAAAAAGCAGCUCUCACAGCACCUCCGUGAAGUUUUAAAGAGUUUGUUGCCUAGGGGAGCACAAUAGCCCCCCUUCCCAUGAUCCAUGCAAUCAGUGGCCAUUGUCAGGUAUCCUGGCAGACAGGAUUUCUGCUGUAGACCACCUCCUCUGCUGUAGAUCACCUUCUGUGAUGUAUGUAUGAUGUUUUAGGGGGUUGGUCUUGGUCUACAAGGUGGGCAAUUUCAAAAGUCUAUAUAAGGGCUUGCGCACCAUUGUUCAGGGUUCUCCCUUUUGCGUGUGGUGAGUGAGGACCCUGUUGCAACAGUUUAAUAAAGAUCAGGCUUACUAGCCAUUUUGCUUCUCAAUAUACAGUCGUACCUUGGAAGUCGAACGGAAUCCGUUCCAGAAGUCCGUUUGACUUCCAAAACAUUUGGAAACCAGAACGCGGCUUCUGAUUGCAGCCAGUCAGAAGCCACGUCGGAGGUUCGGCUUCCAAAAAUAGUUCACAAACCGGAACACUCACUUCCGGAUUUGCGGCAUUCGGGAGCCAAAACGUUUGAGAACCAAGCUGUUUGAAAACCAAGGUACGACUGUACUCUGGUUGGCCUCUGUUGUUUUCUCCAACAGAUAGGGGAGCCACUAUAUGGGCCCUUGGAUACCCCAUAAGAGCAAGGAGCAGUUUUUUUUCUUCUUAUAACACAUGCAUUGACUGAACGGGAAGCAGCAUCACAUCCACUGACCCCAUCCCUGACCGCCACGCAUUCACCAGAAGGUGAGGUUCUAUAUGUGCACAUCUGUCCGUGCGCAGAAUCCUCUGUUUUGCCACCUUCCACUGUGUAGAGAUGGGACAAGACAGUGGACAAAGUCUAUUCCAGUAUACCUGAAGGAGCGUCUCCACCUCCAUCGUUCUGCCCGGACACUGAGGUCCAGUGCCGAGGGCCUUCUGGCGGUCCCCUUGCUACAAGAAGCCAAGUCACAGGGAACCAGGCAGAGGGCCUUCUCGGUAGUGGCCCUGUGGAAUGCCCUCCCACCAGAUGUCAAAGAGAAAAACAACUACCAAACUUUUAGAAGACAUCUGAAGGCAGCCCUGUUUAGGGAAGCUUUUAAUGUUUAAUAGGUUAUUGUAUUUUAGUGUUUUGUUGGAAGCUGCCAGAGUGGCUGGGGAAACCCAGCCAGAUGGGCGGGGUAUAAAUAAUACAUUAUUAUUAUUAUUAUUAUUAUUAUUAUUAUUAUUAUUCCACCUCCAUGCAUGAUGACAGAAUUGGAGGAGGAGACUAAGUGGUCUGCUUUUGAGAUGGCACUUGUACCCAGAUCUUUCAGAUACGAGCCCAGCUUCCUGCCUCUUCUCAGAUCCUAGAGAAAUAAAUUCUAAAUUCUCCCCAGUCCAAGGGAACACAAACCAAGCUGCUGGCUUCUCCCUGCGAAAGGCCUGUAAUUUAAACCAGCAUUUCAGAUCUAUGGCAAUUCUCUUCUCAGGAAGAAAACAGACCCAUGUCAAAGCAGAGCCAGCCCACAGAGAGGAGGGCGGCCUCGUUUAGGGGUUGAGCUUUCUCAGUCAGCUACCCUGGUGUGCCUUGAGUUGCGCUUAGGAACGUCCCUCUGGGGUGUGGCUUGUUUGCCCGAUCUGCUCCAACUUGCCCAGGGAGAGGCUUGCAGAUGUGGGCCGGCAGCUACUGGGUGGCCUAGGAGCUAUUUUAGGGAGGCUGUUUUGUUAAUGUUACCUUUCAGAAUGAGGGAAGGGCGUACACAGCACGCCAACCCCAGCAAAAUGCAGGCAUAGAAUGUGCUUGGCAGCUAAGCUCGGAUUCCUAUCUGACAGGCAUAGGCUUGUGUUUGUCCCCAUCCACUAGACUAAAGUUACCAGAUCAACAAUUUGAAAUAAGGGAAGUUAGCAAGCUGCGGCGGCGCCGUGACCCACCAUAGCAUUGCAGGAGAGGUUCUGUAGGCAGUAGUCCUAACCCCACUUCCCUGGGAGUUAGUCUCCUUGAAUUCAGUGGAAUUUCCUUCUGAGUAGGGCACAUACCCUUAAAUCCAAUUGGGAAUCACUGGGGUUCGGCCUGGAACAGUUCCUUAAGGGCCGCAAGGUAACAGAGGCACGCGAAAAGUCACAGGCUUUUUCAUUUUGUGUGGAAUAACUUUUGUGCUCGCCUUAAUCACACAUACAGCAGACCCACCCGCUUGCAUUGGCUCCUGGGCCAAGUAAAACAAAGCUUGCCUCCUUGACUCUGGCCCCUUAGUCCAAGGGCUGCAUUUCUGAAACGAAGACCCAGCUGCCCUACUAGCAGUCAGGGGAUGGAGAUACAUUUGGGCUGGUGGAAGAGAGUGCAGCCAAACCCCCAUGGCCUGGGGAAGGGGCUUGUGCUGAGCUGGCAAGGGAGCUUGAUACACUCAAUUUUAGCUCACUAGUAGAGCAUAGGGCUGAGAUGGACUUCCAUUGUGCUUUUCAGAAUUGUUCACGUUUUGAACCAAUGCUGUUUUUAACACAGUAGCCUACUUACCGUAUUUUUCCGCCUACAAGACACCCCCAUGUAUAAGACUCCCCCUAUUUUUGGGGACUCUGAUUUGAGAAAAUGGGGGGAGGUACUAUCCAUGUAGGGACGCAGGUGGCGCUGUGGGUUAAACCACAGAGCCUAGGACUUGCCGAUCAGAAGGUCGGCAGUUCAAAUCCCUGCAACGGGGUGAGCUCCCAUCACUCAGUCCCUGCUCCUGCCAACCUAGCAGUUCGAAAGCACGUCAAAGUGCAAGUAGAUAAAUAGGUACCACUCCGGUGGAAAGGCAAACGGCGUUUCUGUGCGCUGCUCUUAUUCGCCAGAAGCAGCUUAGUCAUGCUGGCCACAUGACCCGGAAGCUGUAUGCCGGCUCCCUCAGCCAAUAAAGCGAGAUGAGCGCCGCAACCCCAGAGUCGGUCACGACUAGACCUAAUGAUCAGGGGUCCCUUUACCUUUAUAGUUUACUAUCCAUGUAUAAGACAAGCCCAGAUUCUGAACGUUAUUUUAGAGUAAAAGAACAUAGUCUUAUACACGGAAAGGUACGGUAAUUGUUUUUAAAAAAUAUUUACAACUGGUGUGUUUUUAGUUCUUAAAAAGGUAAAGGGACCCCUGACCAUUAGGUCCAGUCGUGGCCGACUCUGGGGUUGCGGUGCUCAUCUCGCUUUAUUGGCCGAGGGAGCCGGCGUACAGCUUCCGGGUCAUGUGGCCAGCAUGACUAAGCUGCUUCUGGCGAAUAAGAGCAGCGCACAGAAACGCCAUUUACCUUCCCACUGGAGUGGUACCUAUUUAUCUACUUGCACUUUGACGUGCUUUUGAACUGCUAGGUUGGCAGGAGCAGGGACCGAGCAACGGGAGCUCACUCCAUCGUGGGGAUUCGAACCACCGACCUUCUGAUCGGCAAGUUCUAGGCUCUGUGGUUUAACCCACAGCGCCACCCACGUUUUAGUUCUUACCUGUUUUUAAUUCAGGUUGUCAGGCACCUUGGGUCCUGCACAGGGAGAAAGGCAGGAUGUAAAUAAAAACAAAAAAACAAAAGCACAUACUGAAAAUGCAGGUUUCAGUUUCCCCCCUUUAAAAAAGAAACACUGGUUUGAAAAUUGUGGGGAAAUGCACUGAUGCAGUUUGGAAAGGAUGUGGAAAUGUAUAUGGGGCAAGCAACUAAGAGGAAGUCUAUAUAUAAACACCCUGCAAGUAAAUCAGAAUGAAUGCUCAGUAAACAGGUCAUCAAUGGUGCUUUAGCCAAAGGCAUACAGAAAUGACCCAUGUUGUUUUGGAGGGAGUAACUUAUCAAAAGAGAAGUGCUGGGGUUCAGCCUGCAUGGACUCAGGUGCAACCUGACUGCUUUGAGGUGGGCUUCACUCCCAGGCUCCUCCUGCUCCCAGUUCAGGCAGGGCAUUUGCCUGGAGUUCAAUCUCAGCCUAAAGGAUGUUGCUGAUGGGUCCCAGGGCAUCCCCUCUUCUGGAGCUGUGAUAUUUUGUGGGUUGGCCGCUUCACUGGGGUUUGUUGCUCAGGAGCCCCUGACAUGAACCACUCUGGCAACUUUCUCGAUCACUGGCGCCUCGCUUUAUAGCUCUCUCAGCCACUCCUCUCUCCUGUUAAUCAGCAGCAGGAAGGGCAGGCAGGAGAACGGAUCCAGCGGUCUUAUCUUCCCCCAGCACAGGACCCAGGGUGUGGCAUGGACUUCCCCCGUCUGCCGAGGCUGAACAUGCCCUCCCCCUGGCCUGAAGAGAAGGAACCAGGGAGGCUGGCUCAGAGAGAGGCGUCCUGCCCACCAACCAUGUUCCUUCUUCUGCGCUCUGAAAAAUGGCGAGGCCUGCUCCCGCUCCCUGCUGGAUUUCAGAAUCUUUAGCGCUGUUGCUCUGCCCAAACAUCAGGCUCUCUGUCCUUGAAGCUUGGGUGCUUGAGCCGGAAAGGGGAAUGCAGGUGCCCAGCACAAAAGCACUCCAGGCAUGCUCAGAGGAGCUGGUUUUCUUAGUGUAACUUUUAAAAUUAUUAUUACGUUUUUCAAGGCUGCUCCUAAGAUUGGAAAAGAGGAGUGGUGGUUUUCCAGGAGAACUCCUUCUUUGCAUACCUCAGCUUCAGUUGCAGAGCAGGAAGCCAGGCAGGCUUUGGGAAGGUAGCAGGAGGGCUCUUGGACCCUGUCAGAUCCCUCCAAAGCUGGACAGAAGCUUCCAGGGCUUUGGGAAGGAGCUGCCAGGGGAAUGUUUAGGGGACUAGCCUAGUCCCCCUAGUCCACUGCCUGCACACCACUGUUUUGAAGGAUGGUAUGCAAAGUGGGAGGGACGCGGGUGGCGCUGUGGAUUAAACCACAGAGCCUAGGACUUGCCGAUCAGUAGGUCAGUGGUUCGAAUCCCCGCAACGGAGUGAGCUCCCGUUGCUCGGUCCCUGCUCCUGCCAACCUAGCAGUUCGAAAGCACGUCAAAGUGCAAGUAGAUAAAUAGGUACCGCUCCAACAGGAAGGUAAAUGGCGUUUCUGUGCGCUGCUCUGGUUUGCCAGAAGCAGCUUAGUCAUGCUGGCCACAUGACCCGGAAGCUGUACGCCAGUUUCCUCGGCCAAUAAAGCGAGAUGAGCGCCGCAAUCCCAGAGUCGGUCACGACUGGACCUAAUGGUCAGGGGUCCCUUUAUCUUUACCUUUUUAUGCAAAGUGGAGUGGAUUGUAUGGUGGCAAGAGGCAUUCCAUGAGGUUUAGUUACCAAAAGGUUAUACAGUAGAGUACACCCUAAGGCAGGUGUACUUUAUAAGGUAUACUAAGACGCGGGUGGCGCUGUGGUCUAAACCACAUAGCCUUGGGCUUGCCGAUCAGAAGGCUAGCAGUUCGAAUCCCCGCGACGGGGUGAGCGCCCAUUGCUCAGUCCCAGCUCCUGCCAACCUAGCAGUUCGAAAGCACGUCAAAGUACAUGUAGAUAAAAAGGUACCACUCCGGCGGGAAGGUAAACAGUGUUUCCAUGCGCUGCUCUGGUUCACCAGAAGCGGCUUACUCAUUCUGGCCACAUGACCCAGAAAAACUGUGGACAAAUGCCGCCUCCCUCGGCUAAUAAAGCAAGAUGAGUGCCGCAACCUCAGAGUCAUCCAUGACUGGACUUAACGGUCAGGGGUCCCUUUACCUUUACCUUUAAGGCAGGGUAGCCUUAGUUUGGAGAUGUUUUGAAUUACCACUUCUAUUCGCCUCAUUCAGCAUGACCAAUGAUCAGGGGUGUCUGGAGGGCAACAUGCCCUGAAGCAAGGUAACGGGCAGGCUUCAGGUUUGUAGGACCUACCUUGCUUUUUUGCUAGAAACCACCAAAUCCGACAACUGGAGCCAGGCUCCUUGGCCACACCCAUCACACAACAAAGGUACUGUAGAACUGCUCCAUCCAACAUCUUUAAGAAAAGAAGUCUUUCCACUUUAAAUGGCAGACUAUUAUUAUUAUUAUUAUUAUUAUUAUUAUUAUUAAUAAAUUCCCCUUAUUUCCAUUUUGCAGCUUCCGAGCAAAAAAACCCUUUAAUCUAACUCGCUCCCAAAUCUCUGUUCUCUGGAUGCCGGCCAUUCCUCUUCCUCCCCCAAUUCCAUGUCCUCUCCAAAACAGUAAUCAUUGUUUGCAACCAUGGAAUGCCAGGUGGCCUGAUUUGUUCUGCCCCACGAAUGUUCACACAAAGUUAGACUCUAGUUGAAUCUACCACAGAGUUCCUGGUCUGGAGCAUCAGUGCAUUGAUGGGGGUCUCUCUGGAUGGGGAGCGAUGGAGGGGAAGCAACUUCAAUGCGAAAAGGAUGAGCCUCCCGCUUUGAUCUCACGCCAGAGUUGUAAAGCAUCUGGGGUUGCCUUGUCAGCUUCCUCCUCUCCCCCUGCCAUUUUUUGUGUGGCUCUGUUCAGUCUCAACUUAGUUUUGUAGCCACAAACAUGCUGGCAAUAUCAGGGGAAGUUGCCCUGGGAUUGAACUACAUGUGACGACCUUGGCAGACCUGUUGUGUGUCUGCAUCAGUUAACGCUCAGUGAUGAGGGGGUUUCAUUUAAAGAAGAGAAGGGGGAUAUUGAGUUCUUGAGUUAAGGGGGACCAGAAGCGACCUGGCUCCCUUAUUUUUCUUGCAGCGGUGCCAUCAGGGCAGACGUCCAAGGCAGAAUAAGAGGAGGGCCCCCAAACACAGCAGAGCUGGCUUAACAUACUGUGUGGAAGUACACAUUACCAUGUAAAGAGGGUGGCCCUAGGUAAAGGUAAAGGGACCCCUGACCAUUAGGUCCAGUCGUGGCCGACUCUGGGGUUGCGGUGCUCAUCUCGCUUUAUUGGCUGAGGGAGCCGGCGUAUAGCUUCCGGGUCAUGCGCUGUCUGGUGAACCAGAGCAGCGCACGGAAACGCCGCUUACUUUCCCGCCGGAGCGGUACCUAUUUAUCUACUUGCACUUUGACGUGCUUUCGAACUGCUAGGUUGGCAGGAGCAGGGACCGAGCAACGGGAGCUCACCCCGUCGCGGGGAUUCGAACCGCUGACCUUCUGAUCAGCAAGUCCUAGGCUCUGUGGUUUAACCCACAGCGCCACCCGCGUCCCUUUGGGUGGCCCUACAGGAUAAUUAAAAACAGGGGUUAUCACUGUUCCCGUAGGUGCCAGGGUAUUCAUGAGCACCUCCUACGGCACCCGCAAAAUGUUUGAGUAAAUGUUCCUGUAUACCUGAAGGAGCGUCUCCACCCCCAUCGUUCAGCCCGGACACUGAGAUCCAGCGCCGAGGGCCUUCUGGCGGUUCCCUCAUUGCGAGAAGGGAGUUUACAGGGAACCAGACAGAGGGCCUUCUCGGUAGUGGCACCCGCCCUGUGGAACGCCCUCCCUUCAGAUGUGAAAGAAAUAAGUAGCUAUCUUAUCUUUAAAAGACAUCUGAAGGCAGCCCUGUUUAGGGAAGUUUUUAAUAUUUAAUGCUGUAUUGUUUUUAACAUUCGAUUGGAAGCCGCCCAGAGUGGCUGGGGAAACUCAGCCAGAUGGGCGGGGUAUAAAUAAUAUAUUAUUAUUAUUAUUGUUAAUGAAUACCCUCUCAAAAAUCCACAAUGCCAUACCCCACAACAUUUCUCCAAUGAAAAUUGGGACAUCCUAUUCAAUCACCACCACCACCACCACCGUCAUCAUCAUUAUUAUAUGUAAUAAUAAUAAUAAUUUAUUAUUUAUACCCUGCCCAUCUGACUGGGCUGCCCAAGCCACUCCGGGCAGCUUCCCACAUAUAUAAAAACAUAAUAAAACAUUAAGCAUUAAGAAACUUCCCUACACAGGGCUGCCUUCAGAUGUCUUCUAAAGGGUGUAUAAUGUAUCUCCUUGGCUCAGGGGCACAUAACUCCAUACCGUCCAACUUUUCUCCAAUGAAAAAGGGAAAGUGGGGCAUUCUGGGAUCCAAUAGAAACCGGGAUGGCUUCUGUAAAUCCGGGCCUGUCCCUGGAAAAUAGGGGCACUUGGAGGUCUGCAAUGCAUGAGAGACUGUUUACUCUUCCUGUUCAGUUUCUGUUAGCUUAGCAGCGACUUGGUCUCUCCUGCAUUGAACAUGCUCCCUUAAACAUGGCCACAUUCCACUGGGUGCCAUGACUGGAUGCCCACCUUCUGAACAGACGAGAGGCACAAAGAGCUUCUCUUUGUGAGCAAGCGUGGUGAUAGCUGAUGUCGGUGCCCUUCUCUGCAUUGGUUGAUGGGGGAACGUGACCAUACAGUGUUGUGGCCUUGUCACUUCUUUGGCUCUUUUUAGAUGUGGCAUUCAUUUUGUGUUAUGCCACAACCUCCGCAGCAGCCAUUUCGUGACUUGCUCCCAUCCCCCAAAUUAUAUAUGUCGCCAUUGGCCCAAAAGAAGGUUGGUGACCAGUGGUCUGAAAGAUCACCACUGGUAUGGCUUUCAAAAGCUACAAGGGAGCCAUGAUUUGGACAAAAUUGCAGGAACGAUGCUUGUAGAUUUAAUUACGAAUCCCCUCCCAUCCUAAUUUGAACACAGGACACGUGGGUGAGAGCUUCUGAAGAAAUGCAGUCCAUUAGGGCAAACAGGGCACUGCCCUAUAACCUCAGACAGCCUCCACAUGCCUGCCUUCUUAUUUACCAAUCUAGAGGAAGAAUCUGUCUUGCUUCACCCUUAGGCUGUGUCCAUACCACACCUUUACAGCACAUUCAAAACACUUUCUUUCCUUCAGAGAAUUCUGGGCACUGUAGUUUGCUGCUGGGAAUUGUAGCUCUGUGAGGACUAAACUACAGUAUCCAGAAUUAUUUGAGGGGAAGAAUGAGCUUUGAAUGUGCUUUAAAUGUAUAGUGAGUACAGUGGUGCCCCGCAAGACGAAUGCCUCGCAAGACGAAAAACUCGCUAGACGAAAGGGUUUUUCGUUUUUUGAGCUGCUUCGCAAGACGAUUUUCCCUAUGGGGUUGCUUCGCAAGAAGGAAACGUCUUGCAAGUUUGUUUCCUUUUUCUUAACACCGUUAAUACAGUUGCGACUUGACUUCGAGGAGCAACUCAUAGAACGCGGUGUGGUAGCCUUUUUUGAGGUUUUUAAAGACUUUGGUGAUUUUUGAAGCUUUUCCAAAACUUUCCCGACACCGUGCUUCGCAAGACGAAAAAAAUCGCAAGACGACAAAACUCGCGGAACGAAUUAAUUUCGUCUUGCGAGGCACCACUGUACUCAGUCUCAGCCUCAUCAUACCCAUUGUCCUCUAAACAUCAAAGCUAAGAACACAAAGUUCAUACCACGCGAGUAAUGUAGGUUGCAAUCCUAAUUGUGCUUACUGGCGAGGAAGCCCCAGUGGAUUCAAUAACACUUAGCUGUGUGUAGUCGUGAUUAGCAUUUCAUUGUUACUUAUACAUGCACUUAAAAAAUAAUAAUGGCAGUACACCAAUUCUCAUACGCUAUUAACAUCUCCUAAAAAUAGCAGCUGCAAGAUUAUUAAAUGACACCCUCAUUCGCCAGCUGAACACAUCCCUCAGUUAAACCCUCCCUCCUAAAAGGGGGAGCAAACACAUUUCCAAAUAGCUGUUAAACAGAUAGGUCAUUCUUCAGGUAGCCACAUGCCUGCAUUCAAAUUUCAACGUAUAGCCAAUAGAUUGCUGUUAAUUCAGCAUCUAAAAAGUGUGUGUGUGGUUAUAUUCCAUAUGCUCAGUUGUGGGGUGUCAAAACAUGCAUACAUACAGGGCUUUUUUCAGCUGGAACUCGCCGGAACUCAGUCCUGGCACCUCUCAUGUGGGUGCCAUUGCCAUUCUAAGAGAAGGGAGGCGUUCAGGGUGAGUUCCAGCACCUCUUUUUUUCUAGAAAAAUAGCACCGCAUACAUAUUAGUUGCCCCACAAGAUGCAUACUAUAGAAUCUACUCACAUUUUUUCCUUGUUAACUGCAUUAUGAAAUAAUCUAAUCCAUGGGUAGGCAAGCUAAGGCCCAGGGGACGGAUGCAGCCCAAUUGCCUUCUAAAUCCGGCCUGCGGACGGUCCGGGAAUCAGCAUGUUUUUACAUGAGUAGAAUGUGUCCUUUUAUUUAAAAUGCAUCUCUGGGUUAUUUGUUGGGCCUGCCUGGUGUUUUUACAGGAGUAGAAUGUGCGCUUUUAUUUAAAAUGCAUCUCUGGGUUAUUUGUGGGGCAUAGGAAUUCAUUCUCCCCCCCCCAAAAAAAAAUAGUCCGGCCCCCCACAUGGUCUGAGGGACAGUGGACCAGCCCCCUGCUGAAAAAGUUUGCUGACCCCUUAUCUAAUCUGUGUUCCACAGGAAUAAUGCUCCAGGGCUGAAGCAGACAUUGUGAAAACUAAUUUCCCCCUCCCACAUUGGUAAAGAGUAAAUUCAAUUAACUGUGGGUGUAGCCAUGAAAACACGCAAUUUAAAUGUUUGGUCACACCUUGAAACCGAGCAAAUGGGUCAGCUGAGCCUGCAAUUAAUUUUGUCCAAUGGGAGGAAGCCUCAAGUCUUAGUGGCUGGCACCCUAGGAAGGGACACAGAAGAUUUGGAUGGCCUGGGGCUUUCCUCCUCCUCAGCUUAUGCUUCUCACUACUUUUAUAUUUGUCUCUUCAGCUCUGCUUUCGCGAAGCUAUAAAGUGAACAGGCUGCAGAUUCAUGAAGCUUAAUCCAAACAGCUCUGUUGAAGACAGAUCUGAGUUAAUGGUUAUCCACAGUUACCUUUCCUCUGCUCUUUCCGGUCCAUGAUUUAAAACGCCGUAUCCGAGCGCUUCACCCUUCUCUCUUCCUCUCCCUCUCCCCCCCGCCCCGGAGCUUUCCCCACAAAAACCCACUCUCUAAAGCUCAAUCGGAGUUCACAGCAAUCCACGGAAAACCCGAAUAGACGUUUGCUCCGAUUUAGCUUUAAAGAGCAGAUUUUCACAGGGAAUGCUCAGGGCAGCAAACCACACACAUGUUAAAGAGCAGGCCCCUGCCUGGAAAGAAAGGGGCAAAUGGUUAGUGUGAAUAAGCCCCCUCUCCAAGGCAUGAAAUGAUUUGCUGCCACCUCGGGUAUUGUACGUUGCUAUCAUAGGCUGGCCCCUUCUGGUGCCUGGCAUUUGGGUAUGGCUAAUGCUCUCUUCCAGAACAGGGUGAGUGUGGGGGAGCCUGCAGGAAGAAAGCAUCAUCACCCAACCAUAUUUAUAUUGUGUCCUUCAUACGACAAUCACAGGGCAGAAAUACAUAAAAACAAAGCAAAAUGGUAGUACUGUUAAAACAUGCAUAGUAAACAUGAAUUCCAUACAAAACAGCAGCAGGAAUUAAAAAAAAAAACCCAACAGUCCAAUAUACCUCACCCUUCUCCUAUGCAUGCAUGCCUCUUUGUCAUUUGCAUUUAUCCUUGUUUUGUUGUUCCUAUUGUUUUGUUGGCUGCCUUGAAGCACUGCCUAGCCUGUCUAGAUGGGGAUGUAAAUUUCUAUAAGAACAGUUAACAGCUUAGAUCCUAAGCUAUUUUAGUAGAAACAAUCAAAGAACCUUACAGACUAACAAAUUUUGUUGCCUAACCAUUGGGAGACUUAAACCCAGGCAUAUAAAGGAGGUGGGAGUUGAAUGGCAAUGAGAUGCAAAAUUUAUAGCCGGUGAUCAUUAGAGCUUAAAGCUAUGUUAAAUAGGUCCACCUUUGACCUUUUAUGUUGGCUGAUAAGGGAUGAUUGUUGACUUGAUUGUAUUAACACUUGUAAGGGGUUAGCUAACCAUCUGCUCGAAGCAGUCAUAGAUAGCAAAAUGCUGACUGGAUCAACCUCAUUUUUCCUCCAGGACCAAGUUUGA